AUGAGACAUUUUCGGCACACUAUCAUGAACAGGCUGCGAACAUAUCAGUUUUUUGUUUGCUCGGUAAAUCGUUCUUGUGCUUCAUCAGCUUUGGACAGUCAGUGAUAAACUGAUACACGUGGUUUCAAUACAAGAGGGGAUACAAGUUCUUUUGUCUUGCAAUAUUUGCCCCAUGUAUAAGGGAAUCCAAGACAGUCUUGGAUUCUGGAUUCCACGCCGUGGAUUCCGGAUUCCAGGCACUGGACUCCAAUCUUUGUCAGUGGAACUUGGAUUCUGAAUUCCCAACGUUAAUUAGAUUCCGAACUUCUUGAGGUGUAUUCUCCCCUAGCAAAAAAUUUCCCAGAUUCUGGAAUCCGGAUUCCCUUGCAUGGGGUAAUAACAACGCAAAAUAAAAUUUCUCUAGCUUUUGCAUAUUUAAAAGUAAUAAUGAUUUUAUUAUUAUUAUUAUUAUUAUUAUUAUUAUUAUUAUCAUUAUUAUUAUUACUUAGUUCAUGUUCUUCUUUACUUACUUAGUAAAACAAAGCAUUUUAAACAAAGUUCUUUCUUUGCCUUACUGAUCUGCGAGCCACUGAAAAGUUACCAUAUUUUGCUCAACGUCGUCCAAUAACUGUUUCGAGUUUGCUUCUUUCAUCAAUAUCUUCGGGAAGCGAAGCCAUCAGCCGCAGAGCGAUCGCAAGAAGGAAAAAUGCGUGGGUUUCAUUUACGCAUGAGGAGAAUGUUAUUUGCAGCCAAAAACAGUUGGAAAACAUUGCGCAUGAGCAGACAGUCAUUUAAAAAUUUGUAUCGAAUGAUAAUCACUUAUAUAUUAACCUAACCGAUAGCGUUAUGUAAUCAGCCCCUUAAAAUUAACACCGCUGGCCGCAUGCUCUGCUGAGCGUUCCUCGUUCAUAUCAAUCUAUGCGAUCCAUUAGCACCAAGCCUCUCCGCAUAAUUCGUCUUCUUUGCUCCUCAUAUUGUAUAUGAUUUACCGUUGUCAUAAACUACGCACCUGAUUUAGGGUAUUGCUAAGGAUUUGCAUGUAAUGUCACCUUAUUCAAAAAUCAGCUAUCAUUGAUCGCAACAAAACCUUUAAGUUAUGAAUCAUUCGAGAUUAAAGACCCAAAAAACUAUAAUUAUAAUUUUAGGAAGACGGUAGCCUAGGCAUGAUGUUAAAUCACUUCUUAACCCUGUCGUGAGCUUCUAAUGUCUACACUGAUUUUAACAGUGUGACUUAAAAGUGCUAACAGUUUAACAGCUCAGUGCGUAAAUGUAAGAGGCGAGUUCCAUAACUUGGCAGAGGCAACAGUCAAAGAUCUAUCCCAUAUGAUCUAUAAGGACCAUUAAGCAGAACAGUUAGCAACCCACCAGACAGCUAGUAGACCGUAAGGUUUUAGUUGGCUGGUAACGCGAAUUAGUUCGGAGAUAUAAACAGGAGACUGCCCAGUUAAUGCCUUGAAUGUCAAAAUCGCACUAGGAAUUUAAAAAAUCCUUGGGGCGUUUUCUUAAAAUCAGCUGAAAAAUCAAGGGUAAAUUACAUUAAAACAAAAAGAAUGUGCGUUGCAGAGAACCCAUUGAAUUCAGAUUAGCUCAAAGAUUGGUUCUCAAAUCUGAUAACAAUACCUAAAAAAAGGUUAUUUUAAAAAAUGUCGCAAAAGCCAGAGAUGAAGAAAUUAAACUGCGACUGUGUGGGAAAGACAAAAUAUUUAUUUACUUAUUUGUUUAUUUACAAGAUUCGUCAAGCCGAGGCCUGGAUAAUAAAAUAACUCAUAGAGCAAGCUCCACUACAAGGUCCAGAAAAAAAUAAUAAUACUGAUACAUACAAUAAUGACAAUGCACUAGAAACAACAGAAACGGCAAUAACAAACAGAAUUGGGGCAAACAUCGAUAAAAGAAUCAACAACACAUUCGAUCGAGAAAGCUGGUCAAUGGCCGACUAGUGUGGCGCUUGAUGCAAACACUCUUAUAGGUCUAGGGGGCGUCGACAUAGAUUCAAACAAAAUAGAUUCACAAAACAGGUUGAGACUACUCUAGAUAAACUGAUUGGAGCUUUAUACAUCAGAGGAUGAUGCCUUUGGCUGUCCCUUAUAGGCUGUCUAGCAAUCAGAGAGCCAUGCUCAAUCUUCCGUUGUCCACUAUACCUAAGGCCGGAAGGGGAUAAUCAGGCCAAUGAAUGCUAAAUAUGCAAAGUACCUGUAAACAGCGAAAUUCAUGAACUAGUGAAUUAUUGAAGAAGGAAAGACAGCUACAAAAGAUAAGGUUUAAACUUUAAAUCUGUGUCUGUUUUUGAGAAAUCCCUUUGAAAUUAUUAAUGCAGGACUAAAAUCUUUUUUUUUGCCGCUUAGAAAGGACAAACGUAAGUCAAACUCUGAUCCCACAAAGGCGAUAUUCCGACAUUAAUCAUGUAUUAAAUAAUUCAGUACAAUAACCAGUGAAAGUGUCCACUUAAGGUCUGUUUUCGCAAUCCAUAUUAGGUGGAGAACGGAACACUUCCUGUCAUGAUUAAACGGAUUAUUAUGCAAAGUGGUCACCUGUUCUUGGGAAAAGGAAAUUGAACAUAUAUAUUUAUUAUAUAAACACCAAAACACUUGAUAUCUUCACAUGUGAAAAUAACAUGUUAUCUUCACAUGUGAAAAUAUCACCUUUGCUAUAGCUACAUAAUAAAUCGCGCCUUUCAAACCAAAAAACUAUUAAAGUGUAAUGGACUGGUUUUUCAUUGGUGUUCGUGUUGAAAAAAUAUUUCACUCGUUCGCUGCGCUCACUCGUGAAAUAUUUUUCAGCACUCGAAGAGAAAUUUCUUAUCUCCGCGCGGCCAUGUAAUAUCCUUUCUCUAUCUCUCUCCCAAUCUCUCUCUCUCCCUCUCUCUCUCCCUCUCUCCCUCUUUCUAUAUAUAUAUAUAUAUAUAUAUAUAUAUAUAUUUCAAUUUCCUUUUACCAAAAAAAAAAGGGGACGGCUUUGCAUAGUAAUCUGUUUAAUCAUGACAGGAAGUGUUUUAAAUUUGAGUCCAUUCCGCAAAAAGUUUUUGCGGAAUGGACUCAAAGUUUACUCUGGAGGUAACUUUAAAAAAAAUCCCUUUGAGUUGAAGCAAUUUUUAAUGUUUUUUUUUUAGCUGCCCAAGCUUUUUAUUAAAUUUUGAUAGCUCUUCUUUUAAUUUUUCUUCUUUCUAAAGUAAAGCUAACUAAGAGAGGGCUUAUCAUUGUUUUGUUUCACUCAGAAGAUUGAUGAAAGCCAUCAAAUAAUAAUAAUAAUAAUAAUAAUAAUUAUAAUAAAAUGUUUAACUAUACUGGAGAUAUCUAUCAGCAUUACAGAACCCUAGUCUGCCGCAUGCGGUCUGAGUCAUCGGAAGAGCUGAAUCUGAAUCUACUUUCCCGACAAUUUACGCUCCAACUUCGAUGACUUCUUUAAUUGAAAGCUGGAUCGGAGUUCAAAUGCAAUUUCUUCCAAGUACGAACUAAUCGUCUGACAACUUUCAUUUCAUUGCCGUCAUAAUUAAUUUUUUUUUUCAGAUAGUUAUUUUAACCGCCGGGGAGUUUCCAGCCGAAAAUUACUCGUUUCACACUUAAAAAUGACUUGUAUGAGCACAAAACAGAAAUUGAACGAGGGCCAAUAGACCUUUAAGAGAUGUUAGUAAAAAAUUUCAUCUCAUGCUUCUAAAUAGACGUAUCCACUGCCUCAAGGCUUUCCAAUUAAUUCUUAUAUUCAAAUUAGUUUGCACUUCAAAAGAGUCUGUGACACACCUGCUGUCAAAAAUGACAGAACGAGAGAAAUAAUAGUUAACAGUCUUUAUUGAUCAUGAUAAGAUUAGCUCUUCUCUUGUUGCAAGCGAGUGAACGGUACGUGUUCAGUUAGGGAAGGAAGCGUAACGGUAGGCGAAGUUUGAUCGAGGAAUGACUUUAAAUCCAUGAUUUCGUCCACUAACAUUAACUAUCAACAGUACCAAAGGAACUGACAUAUUUCUACAAUUUAGUCAAUGGCAAACGCUGAGGAAAUUUCAUCGACAUUGAUCGUAGUCAUUUUAAACAUUUUCUCUGCUUAUGCUGCAGUCACGCUGAACAUUAUAACCAUACACGCGUUGAGAAAAGUUUCUUCGUUGCCAAAGCCUGUGCGAAUAUUACUAUUGACUCUUGCUGCUUCUGAUCUUGCUGUUGGAUUAAUUGUGCAACCGCUAGCCAUAGCAACGCUAAUAACUCAAAACACUGAUACUUUCCAGUUUGAGAAGACAUCUGAGGUGUUUGGGAUUUGUUUUACCGCAGCCUCAUUUUUAAAUAUAACAGCUUUAGGCGCCGACAGAUUCUUGGCCAUUCACCUUCAUCUUAGGUACCAGGAACUUGUAACUCCGAGACGUAUUGUCACUGCGGUCAUCAUGAUCUGGGUGUUCAGUGCAACUGUUUCUCUAUUUGAUCUCUGGGACAAAAUGAUAACGGCUGCUCAAGCUACUCUCCUUGCGAUUGUUAUUCUCUGUUUUAUUUCUACAACAUUUUUUUAUUGCAAGGUUUACUUAACAGUGCGUCAUCUCACAAGCCAAAUUCAUACACUGCAAGUGCAACAAGCAUCACAAAACGUUGACAGCACUUCGCAGAACACAGCAAGGCAGAGAAAAUCUGCGAUCGCUACAUUUUAUGUAUAUAUCGUCUUUUUGUUAUGUAAUCUCCCACAUUAUUCUAUUAAUAUUGCAAACAGGGUAUCUGGUCGUGAAAUAAGUGAUUCAGAGGAAAUUCUAAUCAUCUAUACUCAGACCCUAGUCCAUCUGAAUUCUUCACUGAAUCCGCUCAUCUACGCGUGGAAGAUGAGACCUAUUCGACACGCUGUUAUGGAAAUACUGCGAAACAUAUUGUCAAAACAUUGCUGUUGA